CUCCGUGUGCUCAUUUGCAUGUCUGAGCUUAUAAAACCCUCACAAGAGUCUCCAGACUCGCUUAGAACUACAAGACUGUGUUGAAGGAAAGGGCAUUUCACUUCACACAACACAUUAAUGCUUGAAGCUUAUGUAGCUGCUAUGUAUGAACUGUGUUUUGCAUCUCAAUAGCCAUCGCCAGUUCUCAAUUUAUCUUAUUAUCCAUACCUGCAUUUUAUUUGUUUUUUUGUUUAUAGUUAUUUUGUUUUUUUAAUAACAAAAAAAAUGACUUCAAAAAUUAGAAGAUGUUGCUCCUGGGAUGUAAGCCUGAAGGUUCUCUUAUUAUCUUUGCUGCUACCGACGUGCACCUGUAAGACAAUGCGUUACAGGACUUUUGAAGAAGAUGAACCUGGCACUGUUAUUGGGACUUUAGCAGAAGACAUGCACCUUAACAUACCUGGAGAGGGGAGAUUUCGUCUGAUGAAGCAGUUUAACAAUUCUCUCAUCCAUGUUCGGGAGAGCGAUGGGCAGCUGAGCAUCGGAGAGAGGAUAGAUCGGGAGCAGAUUUGCAAACAGACUCUUAACUGUAUCCUGGCUUUGGAUGUGGUCAGUUUCUCCAAGGAGCAAUUCAAACUCAUCCAUGUAGAGGUGGAGGUGAGGGACAUCAAUGAUAACAGCCCCCAGUUCCCCAGCGAUGAGAUACCCGUGGAGGUGUCUGAAAGUGCUGCUGUGGGUACCAGGAUCCCCCUGGACAUAGCUAUUGAUGAGGACGUUGGGUCAAACUCCAUCCAGAGCUUCCAGAUCUCAGUUAAUAGUCACUUUAGCCUUGAUGUCCAGACCAGGGCUGAUGGGGUGAAAUACGCAGACCUGGUGCUGAUGAAAGAGUUGGACCGGGAAAGCCAGUCCUCCUACACCCUGGAGCUGGUGGCCAUGGAUGGAGGAAGCCCAUCUCGCUCAGGCAGCGCAGUGGUCAGUGUCCGGGUGAUGGACUUCAAUGAUAACAGUCCAACGUUCGAGAGGAGCUCGGUCACUGUGGAGCUCAUGGAGGACUCUCCCCUAGGGUACCUCCUGCUGGACCUCAAUGCUGUUGAUCCAGAUGAAGGUGUGAAUGGAGAGAUUGUCUAUAGCUUCAGUCCCCAGGUGUCUCAGGAGGUUCGACAUCUCUUCAAGAUCGAUCCCAAAUCCGGUCGCUUAACUCUUGAAGGUCAGGUUGACUUUGAGACCAAACAAACCUACGAGUUUGAUGUCCAGGCUCAGGACAUCAGCCCGAACCCUUUAACAGCCACCUGCAAAGUCAUCGUCCAUAUUCUAGAUGUGAAUGACAAUGCCCCAGCUAUCAGCAUCACCCCACUGACCUCCAUCAGCUCGGGAGUCGCCUAUAUCACCGAGGCAGCGGCUAAGGACAGCUUUGUAGCUCUGAUCAGCACCACGGACAGAGACUCCGGUCCGAAUGGACAGGUCCAUUGCACUCUGUACGGGCACGAUCAUUUCAAGCUCCAGCAAGCCUAUGAGGACAGCUUCAUGAUAGUCACUACCUCGCCAUUAGAUCGGGAAAAGAUUGCCGAGUACAACCUGACUGUGGUGGCUGAAGACCUAGGUUCUCCUCCUUUUAAAACCAUUAAGCAGUACACCAUCCGAGUGAGUGAUGAGAAUGACAAUGCCCCUGUGUUUGCCAAACCUGUCUAUGAAGUAUCUGUUUUAGAAAAUAAUGCUCCUGGUGCCUACAUCACUACGGUGGUCGCCAGAGACCCCGAUCUUGGUCACAAUGGAAAAGUCAUUUAUAGACUGGUGGACACAGAGAUCAUGGGGGCUCCUAUUUCCACUUACGUGUCUCUGGACCCUGCCACGGGGUCCAUCUAUGCCCUGAGGACAUUUAAUUAUGAGAUCCUCAAACAACUGGACUUGAGGAUCCAGGCAAGUGAUGGUGGGUCUCCACAGCUCACCAGCAGUGCCAACAUCAAGGUGAAGAUCGUUGACCAAAACGACAACGCACCUGCUAUUGUCCACCCAGUGUUGUCCAAUGGAUCUGCAGAAGUUGGGAUACCUGCUAGAGCUCCACAUGGCUAUCUGGUCACGCAGAUUAAAGCCAAGGACGCCGAUGAAGGGGUUAACUCUGAACUUAUGUUUAGCCUUUCAGAGGAAAGGGCACCUAUCUUCACCUUGAACAAAGUAACCGGGGAGAUCUUCCUUACUGCUGACCUUAGCGGGGAACUGGGUCAGGUCUUUAGAACCUUGGUUACGGUCACCGACAGUGGCCGGCCGUCCCUUUCCACCACAGCCACGAUCAGCUUCCUAGUCACAGGGGCGACCCCUCCAGUCAACCACGAGGUCAUGCAGCCGAGUCCUUGGGAGGAGAAAGUUUCCCACUGGGAUGUCCCUUUAAUCGUUAUCAUUGUCCUGGCUGGGAGUUGCACCUUGCUCCUAGCGGCCAUCAUCACCAUUGCAACCACAUGCAACAAACGCAGGAAAGAAAUGAAGGCUGAUGCCAAGAACCCCAGAGACAUCUCAGAGCUGGAGAAAGGCGAGCAGGAUGAUGAAGAACUGAUAGACAACCAGAAUGGAAACCUAUUUGAUGCCAGACCAUUUCCCAACGCCACCCAGCCCUUCACUGGGAAUGAGACAGCAGUUACACCAGAGGUGGUGGCCAGCACUGAAGAAAGCUUUGGGGCUUGUCUGUAUGACUCUCAGAAGAGGCUGAGGACAACUAAUAACGAGGUAAGAGCAAAAGCACAAAUGUGGAUGGGAGGCAGCAGGGGAAGGGUUGAAACACCAAAAAAUCAUAAUAGCUGUUAGCUGGAUUACAACUCUCAUCAGCUUUAGCCAGCCGUUUGCCUGCAGAAGGUGAUGGGAGUUGCAGUCUGGUCACAGCAGUGGUCUGAAAGAAUGGCAUUGCUAAAAUGACUUGUUUCCUGCAGGGCUAUGCCCAGGCUCCUGCGUACGGGAAGGAAGCAGGAACCACGGUGACAGUCUGGAAAGGACAUUCAUUCAACACCAUCUCCAUCCGGGAAGCGGAGAAAUUCAGUGGGAAAGACAGUGGCAAGGGAGACAGUGACUUCAAUGACAGCGAUUCAGAUAUCAGCGGGGACGCACUCAAGAAAGAUCUCAUUAACCACAUGCAGACUGGUAAGGGUUAACUUGUCACCCAGCACAGAGAUACAUUGUUACUUCUCCCAGAUAUGUGGGCUUCGAGGGGGGAAUGAGGGGGGGUUCUGAGGGCUGUCAGAUGGCAGUCACUUUAUUUGGGAGUGUGGGAUUUUAUUCAAACUGAUUUCAGCUGUAAAAAGGAGAAAAAUAAAUAAUACAUGUGCUGUCUGAGUUUCAUUUUCUAAUGUUAAAAAAUAUAUUCAUUUUUUAGUUAUGUGGAAAUAUGUCCACAAGUCAAACUGUUUAAUACCAUUUGCCCCGAUUAAAAAAUGUUGUGAGAUGUAUUGGUGUUUUAGAAAAUAUUAGUAAUAAUAAUAAUAAUAAAAACAAGGAAUUAGGGAAAUCCAUUUUAUUUAAUGCCAGUCCUGGCAUGUAAUGUGCAUGAAGAAAUUAAUAUAAUUUAUAGUUUAUAUAUAAAAGUGUACAUUGUAUGGAUAGAAAGAAAAAUGCAUAUUACAUAUUAUUUGUGUUAUUGUUAUGUUGAUAAUCUAUUGCUCACGAUUGCUUAUGCCAUCCCAAAAUGUCUUUGGUGACAAUGUACAGUAUAUACAAAAUCCAUUUCAUUCUAUGAUUUAUAACAUGAUCUAUAGCUUAAAAAAGCUGUCUUGAUGUGCACACUAUACAUGUCAUGCCAAGGUCGCCACAAGGUUGCCGUUAUAUACACAUAUAGCCAUUCAAAAUGAUUCCACCAGUUCCAAAUAGACCCUUAUUUCAGCUAAUUGCAUAAAUAAUUAGCAAAACUGACAUACCAAUGAAAUGAUGUUGAAUAAUAUCCUCAAUCUAAUUAUUAUAUGUUAUACUCAAGGUGUAGGAUAAAAUAAUUUUAAUUGGGACUGCGAAACGAGAGAAAUGUGGGUAAUUAUGAGCAAUGGAUAUACAUAUGGUUCAUCCAGUUUAAAAAUGUGUAAUUUAAUAUUUGACUCAUCAUAGUAAAAUGUGCUGUUUUUUUUCUCUUUCAGGAUUAUGGGCUUGUACGACUGAAUGCAAGAUUCUAGGUCAUUCGGAUCGUUGCUGGAGUCCAUCCUGUGGUAGACCACAAAACGUCCAUCCUGCCACUAUGCACACUGGGCAUGGGCAACUCUCAGUUUCCAGUUUUUGUAAAAGCACAUCUCUUCCCCGUGACCCUCUCCACAGAGAGAAUUAUUAUCAAUCUUCUCCAGCGCAAGCACAUCUCGCAAAAACUGGUGCCUUGCCAAGUGUCUAUGAAAAAGUAGUGCCGAAAGACUAUGAAAGUCGGACAAUAAAUCUAAUAUCUCCCCCACGGUCUGGAAGACUUCCUGACCUCCAAGAAAUCACAAUGCCCCUUUAUAAAUCUCCUGGCUCAAAAAGAUAUGCUGCCCCAAGUGACAGUGCAUGUGAGCAAGAUGAACUUUGAGCCAGUACAAAUGAACUUUACAAGUGAUAUUGAGGCCCACCUAGACUUUUUUUUUAUUGGGCUGUAUAUCAAAAUUAUUUAUAAGUUAUUGAUCACGCAUCAGGAUUCUAAAUCAAGUUACACGAGAAGGUCUAAAUAUGUCAUGUUUGAAAUAACCACAGUCAAAUUUAAGAAAGUCUUCCAGGCCCAAACAGUUCAAGCAACUUUAAUUGGUCGUCAACAGGACAUCCUCUGCCAUUUUCUUCUCCUCUGAUUUGCACUCAGGAGAAUAAUCAAGGGUGUUUGAUGAAGUUGACCUUGCACAGAUGCAAAACUGGAACAAAAACUGUGCUGCUUAACAAAAAUGAAACAAACAUAUUUAUUUGUAUUUUAUUAUCUGGGAUAUUAUUUUAGCAAAUCUGGUAUUGACCACUUUUUCCCAUUUUCAGACGAACACCUUGAUACAUAUCAACUUUUAUAAAACCCCAAUUUACCAACUGAACUAACAAAGAUGGUCAAGACAUAAGUUAGGGAGAACUAAAACUAGGUUGAUUAAUCAUUAAACCCAAAUGUAAAGAAUUCAAUGAAUUUUUAGUCCAACGAAGAAUAUUAAUCUAUUUAUAACUGUGUAUGCAUAUGAUAUAUAUGACAAACCUAUUUAUACACAUAACAGAUAUGCACCUACACACACAUCAAAAUAUACAGAUUUUAUUGUGUACAAACACGGACAUUGACAAUGGGAGGAAUCUAUCAGUGGUUUACUCUGGCAUUGUACCAAACUGUAGUUAAACAUUUUUAAAUGUGUAUUAUUUUCUAAAAAAAUAACAACGUGCAAACCAGGAGUAAUGUCUGCUUUGUGGCAAAGUGUCGAUAAAUCCCCCCCAAUGUGCCUUAAAUUAAAUGGUAGGAUUACAUUCCUGUCAGGUCAAAACCAUUUGAUAUUUGCAAACAGAUAUUGUUUGUUGUUUAUGUAAUUUUUAUGAAAUGUGGAGUAUUUAAUUUUUUUACAGUGUUUUUGCUCUUAUUCUCACACAUGGCUUGCCAUUUGGUAGUGUUUUACCAUAAAUAACGUGUAAUUGUAAUAUGUUUGUAAAUAGUGGAAAAUUUGUUCUAUUUUUAUAAUGAAAUCAAUAUUAUUGCCAUUGCCAAAGGAACUAUGUGUAUUAAUGCAAUUGUAUAACUGAAGUCACUGAAAAUGUAUAUUGUAAAAUGUACAUUUUAAAUAUCAUCUUAAAGUUUUGACUUGCAAAGUGUGACUUGUGUUUUACGCACUUGUGGUCCAUAGAAAGUGUUAUUUCAUUGAAUUUUAGUUCUGCAAAUUAUGUCAUGAUCCCCACUAAUAAAGUUCUUGUGACUUCUAUGAAGGAACUCACUGCAUAUUCUUUUCUGAAAAAUAAAC